AUGGCCAACUUGAUUUUAUAUAAACAGGCAGAUUUAUCUGACAGAAUGACAGUAAAUCGGUCUCAUCAGGCAAAUGGAGGAAUGAGCCUAUUUAGGACAACUUCUUGGAAACGAAGUUUUGUAUCUUCUUGGCUGUUGAGGCUCAGCAUGUUUCUACUACUUAGCCUUCCUAACUCAGAAGGAAAAGCUAUAUGGACUGCCCACUUGAAUAUAACAUUUCAGGUGGGAAAUCGAAUCAUAUCAGAAUUAGGGGAAACUGGAGUAUUUGGAAAUCAUUCUCCUCUGGAAAAGGUGGCAGGUAUGGUGGUACUGCCUGAGGGUUGGAACCAGAAUGCUUGUAAUCCCAUGACCAAUUUCAGCAGACCUGAGACGACAGAAUCCUGGUUGGCCCUGAUUGAACGGGGAGGCUGCACCUUUACACACAAGAUAAAGGUGGCCGCAGAGAGGGGAGCAAACGGAGUAAUCAUCUACAACUAUCCGGGUACUGGCAACAAGGUUUUUCCUAUGUCUCACCAGGGGACAGGAAAUGUUGUUGCAGUGAUGAUAGGCAACUUGAAAGGCAUGGAGCUUUUUCAUUUGAUUCAGAAGGGAGUCCAUGUGACCAUUAUUAUCGAAGUCGGGAGAAGACACAUACCCUGGUUGAAUCAUCAUAUCAUGUCCCUGUUUACCUUUAUGGCUGCCACUGUUGCCUGUUUCUUCUUAUAUUGUGCACGGAGGCCCAGAAUGCCCAGCACUGCCACGAGGAGACGCCGGCAGAUAAAAGCAGAUAUUAAAAAAGCCAUUGGCGAGUUAGAACUGCGUGUGUUAAAAGAAGGGGACAAGGAGAUUGAUCCCAAUGGAGACAGCUGCGUUGUGUGCUUUGACAUAUACAAACCCAAGGAUACAGUGCGCAUUUUAACUUGCAAGCAUCUUUUCCACAAGGCAUGCAUUGAUCCCUGGCUCUUAGCCCAUAGGACAUGCCCCAUGUGCAAAUGUGACAUUCUUAAAGCAUAA